AUGUCAGGUUCCAACGCUGAUUUCAACAAGCAGUACAAAUACGAUGAAAUGUCGAAUAAGGUGAUACGAGGCGGUGGGAAACGUCCUACUGAUGGAGUUGAUGCUGAUCCUACAUCUUUGGCAGGCCAAAUCUCAGUGAAAGAUAUGGGAACAGCUAUAAAGAGUCUGGAACCAAAUAACAAUAAUAAUAAAAGUAAUAGUAAAGCCAAUAAAUCUUCCAAUCUUGAUUCGUUCUCGAAAUCAGAGUACAAUGGUACCAGUUACUCUUUCCAGGGGAGUACUUCAGAGGCUUUAACUUACCGCCCAACAAACCAAGAGUGUGCACAUGUCUUUGAUUUAAUGAUGACUUGGGUCCAUAAUUAUUUAACAGACUCUUCACAUGAUGUGAUACUUUCAGCUUCUGAUACUAUCUUGGAAAUUUUGAAGAAUGAGAGCGAUCAAUUGUCACUUCAAGACAAGAAAAGAGAAAUAGGUGAUCUUUUAGAUAUUGUAAUUCUGGAUAUUUCAUUCAAUGAAUUAAUUAAUCUUUCCAAACGUAUAACAGACUACAGUGUGCUCGAGAAUACUGGUGAUGACGAAGGGGAGGAGGAGGAUGCCGUUGCACUUGUCUUUGACGAUGCUGGCAGCGACGAGGAUGAACAAGGACACGAUUCUGUGGAUGGUGAUGAUGACGAGGAACAAGUACAUCCUGAAGAUGAUGUUGAAGAAAAUGCCCUUAGUAAUGGCGAAGCAGUCAUUUCUGCAUCUACACAAGAGAUCAAGGACGAAACCCUGUCUAUUCUCCCGCUUCAUACUGUAGAUGAAUUCUUUCUUCAACGAAAAGUUGCAUCUCUUCUUAAAUCUGACCCUGAAUCGCUUCAAAGAACCACAGAUAGAUUAUUAACCUUAUUGUCAGACUCGAAAUUGAGUACUAGAGAAUUGGAGAAUGAACUUAUGGAACUCUUUGAUUUCGAUCAUUUCCAAUUCAUCAAAUUCUGCAUUGAAAACCGUUGGAGAAUUGUAUUCAAACUUAGAAUACUUUCGUCUUCGGGAGAAGAAGAUAAAGAAAAAGUAUUUGAGGAAAUGCGACUGUUGGGUUUACAAGAUCUAGUAUCAGAGAUUUCAAGUAAUGGAUCUAUAAAUAAUAAAAAGAGAAGAUUAUCAAAUGAAGACACUGGAUCAGAAUCCAACAAGAAAGCAAUUGUGCAGAAGAGAGAACCAAAAUUGGUAGACUUGGAUGCAUUAAGCUUUGAUCAAGGCUCUCAUUUGAUGACAAAUACAAAGGUCAAACUUCCUCCUGGAUCUUUCCAACAAAAGAAAAAAUUAUACGAUGUCAUUAGCGUUCCUCCUCCCGCCCUGCCUCCGUCAUUGGAGGAAAGUAAUGAGAAGCUUGUGACUAUAGAGAGUAUGCCCGAGUGGACAAGAUGUAUUUUUCCAAGCUCUGAAACAUCAUCAUUGAAUAGAAUCCAAUCCAAAGUAUAUCCACUGGCAUUUGGAAAUGAUGAAAAUUUAUUACUUUGUGCACCUACUGGUGCCGGUAAAACAAAUGUGGCUAUGUUAUCUGCGUUAAGGGUUAUCAAUAAUUACAGAGACCCCACGACUGGAAGAAUAGACCUUCAUAAAUUUAAAAUCGUUUACAUAGCCCCACUUAAAGCAUUAGUACAAGAACAAAUGAGAGAAUUCCAAAGAAGAUUGACCCCCAAUUUCGGUAUUGUUGUGAACGAACUUACUGGUGAUUCCAGUUUAACUAAGCAACAAAUUAGCGAAACUCAAGUUCUUGUUACAACCCCUGAAAAGUGGGAUGUCAUCACUAGAAAGAGUACUGAUCUUUCAUACACAAAUUUAACUAAACUUAUUAUUAUUGAUGAAAUCCAUUUGUUGCACGAUGAAAGAGGUCCAGUUCUUGAAAGUAUUGUCAGUAGAACGCUAAGACAGACCGAAACAUCUGGUGAACCAGUUAGAAUUAUCGGUCUUUCUGCAACUUUGCCUAAUUUCAGAGAUGUUGCAAGCUUUUUGAGAGUCGAUAUAAACAAAAAUCUCUUUUACUUUGACUCAUCUUUUAGACCAUGUCCCCUCGAACAACAAUAUAUUGGUAUUAAAGAGAAGAAGGCGAUCAAAAAGUUGAACGCAAUGAAUGAAGCAUGUUUUGAUAAGGUCCUUGAAUGUGCUACUAAUAAGCAUCAAUUGAUUAUCUUUGUUCAUUCUAGAAAGGAUACAUAUAGAACUGCCAAGUGGAUCCAAGAAAAGUUAAUUGAAGAGAAUAAACUUGAGAUGGUAUUGAAGUCAGAUGCUGGCUCAGUAGAGAUUUUAAAACUGGAGGCAUCAAUAAUGAAAAAUCAAAACUUGCAAGAAAUUCUACCAAAGGGAUUUGGAAUCCACCAUGCUGGUCUUAAUAAAGAUGAAAGACUGACGGUUGAAGAUUUGUUUGCCCAGGGGCACAUACAAGUGUUGGUUUCCACUGCAACCUUGGCUUGGGGUGUUAACUUGCCGGCACACACAGUCGUUAUCAAGGGUACAGAGACUUACUCCCCUGAGAAGGGUUGUUGGGUCCAACUUUCUCCUCAAGACAUUCUACAAAUGCUUGGUAGAGCCGGUAGACCCAGAUAUGACAAGAGUGGUGAAGGUGUAAUUAUAACAUCCCAAGAUGAAAUUCAAUAUUAUCUUGCCAUUUUAAACCAACAAUUACCAAUUGAAUCCCAACUUAUGUCGAAAUUAGCAGACAGCAUUAACGCUGAAGUUGUUCUAGGUACUAUUAAAUCGCGGGAUGAUGCCGUGAAGUGGCUCGGCUACACGUAUUUGUAUGUUCGGAUGCUUCAAUCUCCAGCUGUCUAUCAUGUAGGUGCAGAAUAUGGUAAGGACGAGACCUUAUUUUGGAAAAGAGUGGAUUUAUCACAUUCUGCUCUUACCUUAUUACAAAACAACAAAUUGGUGAACUAUAACUCAGAUACUGGGGAAGUUAGAGCUACAGAUUUGGGUAAAAUUUCUUCCCAUUUCUACAUCAACUAUUCAACAAUUAACAUGUUUAACAUCCAAUUGAAACCAUGGCAUACAGAAAUCGAGAUUUUGAAAAUCUUUGCAUCCUCUGGAGAAUUCAAGUACAUUCCCAUCAGACAGGAAGAAAGGAUGGAAGUCACUAAAUUACUUGAGAGAUGUCCUAUUCCAAUUAGAGAGUCACCAAGUGACCCAUUGGCAAAGGUUAACGUUCUUCUUCAAUCGUAUAUUUCAAAAUUGUCUCUUGAAGGCUUUGCCUUAAUGGCCGAUAUGGUCUACAUUACCCAAUCUGCAGGUAGACUUUUAAGAGCCAUUCAUGAGAUUGUUUUGAAGAAAGGUUGGUCUGCAAUUACUAAAACAACUUUAAAUUUGUGUAAAAUGGUUGAAAAAAGAAUGUGGAUGAGUAGUUCUCCAUUUAGACAAUUUGGUGACCAAGUUCCUAAGGAAAUUAUCAGAACCACUGAGAAUUCACAUUUGCCAUUUAUGUCAUACUUCACAUUAUCAGCUGCUGAGUUGGCGGAAUCCGUCAAUUUGAAGGGUAACAGUAAGAGAGCAUAUGAUAUUCUUCAACAAUUCCCAAAGGUUUCAUUCAACUAUUCUGCCCGACCAAUUACACCAUCUUUACUCCAAGUUCAAUUGGAAAUACUUCCUGAGUGGGAAUGGAAUGUAUCACUACAUGGAAACUAUGAACCAUUUUUACUUUUAGUGGAAGAUUGUGAUGGAGAAAAAAUCUUACAUUCUGAAAAGUUUAUGGUUUACCGUAAUUAUAUCAAUGACUUACAUUAUGUUGAGUUUACAGUUCCCCUUUCCGAUCCAAUUCAACCAGUCUACUUUGUGACCGUUCUCAGUGAGAGAUGGCUUCACUCUGAAUGGAAGGCUCCCUUAAUCCUUGAUACUUUAAGAAUUCCAAAAAAAUCACCAGCAUUCACCGAAUUGUUGGACCUUCAAUUGGUGCCAACUUCUGCCUUGGAAAUUCCUAGCUUUGUUGACUUGUUUGAUUUUUCAUUCUUCAACAAGUUUCAAUCUCAACUUUUCCAGACGUUAUAUAAAACAAACGAUAGUGUCUUUAUAGGUACAUCUAAGGGGAAUGGGAAAUCAACUCUUGCAGAGCUUGCAAUCUUGAAUAAUUGGAGGCAAAAUAAAGGUCGUGCUGUUUAUAUUAAUCCUUCACAGGAAAACGUUAACAAAUUAUACCUGUCUUGGAGUAAGAAGUUCAAAAAUAUCGAUGGCGAGUCAAGAGUUAUUAGGAAACUCACUGGUGAUUUAACCACUGAUAUCUCUAUCUUGGGUGGUAGUCAUUUGAUUUUAGCAACCGCUGAGCAAUUUGACAUCGUCUCAAGAAGAUGGAGACAAAGAAAGGCAGUUCAAUUAAUUGAAUUGUUCAUAUUUGAUGAUGCUCAUAUGAUUGGAGCCGGAGAGGCUGGUCUGAUUUACGAAUCUAUUGUGUCAAGAAUGAGAUUAAUUUCCGCGCAACUUGGUAAUGAUUUAAGGUUUGUUGGUCUUUCUUCAUCGUUGGCCAAUGGUCGCGAUUUUGCAGAAUGGUUUGGAUGCACCAAACAAAACGUAUUCAAUUUUGAUCCAACAAUGAGGUUCCAUAAGAUUGAAGAGAUUCGUUUACAGGCUUUUGAUAUUACUCAAAAUGAUUCAAUGAUCUUGUCAAUGAUUAAACCUUGUUAUUCGUACUUGAAAGCAAAUACUACAUUAGAGUCUCAACGAUCUUUAGUCUUUGUUCCAUCAAGAACGCAUUGUGUUGAAGUUGGAAUUGAAAUCUUACAAUUGGCGGCUUAUGACAAUUGGAAACUUGAAAGAUCCGAGCGUGAUGACCUUGAUCCAUAUUUGAACAAAGUUGUUGAUGUUGCUUUACGGGAAGCACUCUCAAACGGUAUUGGCUAUUACUAUUCCGGUAUGAACGCAACUGAUAAAUUGAUAGUUGAAAAAUUGUUCAACGCUAACCUUUUAACAAUCCUUGUAGCUACACAAGAAACGGCGGAAUUUUCUCCUUCUGCUAAUAGUGUUGUCGUUCUUAGUACCCGACAAUACGAGGGGAAGGAGCAUCGUUACAUUGACUACACAAUUAACAACUUGUUGGAAAUGAUUGGUUGUUGUACUGAUGAAUCCCAAAGAGCGAAAACUUUAAUCUUAACAUCGACUCCAAAAUUAAAUUAUUAUAAUAAAUUCUUGAAUGAAGGAUUGCCUAUAGAAAGUUUCAUGGAUAUUCAUAUUCAUGAUGCAUUUACAACUGAAAUUAGUACAAGAACAUUUAAAUCGAAGCAAGAUUGUAUGGACUGGUUGACGUUUACUUAUUUCUACCGUCGUUUACAGAGUAAUCCAAGUUUCUAUGGUGUCAAAGAUACUUCACAUGUUGGAAUGUCGGAAUAUUUAUCUGAUUUGAUUGAGAAAACAUUGAAAGAUUUGGAAGAAUGUAAAAUUGUCGAACUCGAAGAUGAUGAAAGUGAUGAUGAAGAAGAGGAAGAUGAAGACAACGAUGAUGAAGGUGAUGAGAUUAGUCCGCUUGAUGGUGCUAUGAUUGCAGGUUAUUAUAACGUUUCUUACUUGAGUAUGAAGGAAUUCAAUAAAUUAACCAACAGAACCAAGUUGAAAGAAAUCUUGGAAAUCAUUACCAAUGCCUAUGAAUUUGCAUCAUUACCAAUUAGACAUAAUGAAUCUGCUGCAUUGCGGAAACUCCAUGCCCGUGUACCAGUAAAGGCAUCAGUCGCCAACUAUGAAUCACCACAUUUCAAGGCAUUCCUCCUUUUACAAGCUCAUUUCUCUAGAAUCACCCUUCCUGCUGAUCUUGCAUAUGAUCAGAAAUGCAUAUUACAAAAGGUAUUGAGAUUACUCUACGCUUGUAUUGACACUCUUUCAAGUGAAGGACAUUUGAAUGCCGUACACGCUAUGGAUUUGUCACAAAUGAUUGUGCAAGGUGUUUGGGAUAGAGAUAACCCAUUGAAGCAAGUUCCCCAUUUUGAUUCCGAAAUCUUAGGUAGAUGUAAAACUGCCGGAGUUGAUACAGUUUAUGAUAUCAUGUCAUUAGAAGAUGAAGAACGUGACGAUGUAUUGAGAUUAACUGGUAAAAAAUUGGAAGAUGUGGCUGAUUUUGUCAAUAAGUAUCCAAAUGUUGAUAUCAGUUAUGAAUUAGAUGGUAGUACAUCAGUGGUUCAUGAUGAACCAACUAAGAUCGCCAUUAUUCUUGAAAGAGAUGAAGAUAUGGAUGAUUUAGAGGUGGUUUCUGAAGUAUACCCAAUUACUAAAAAUGAGAGUUGGUGGGUUGUCAUCGGUGAUAGUAAGACUAAACAACUCUAUGCUAUCAAGAAAACUACAAUUGCAAAAGAAUCUCAAACAAUUAACCUUGAAUUUACAGUGCCUAAUGCUGGUCAUCAUGAAUUGACCGUUUGGUGCAUGUGUGACUCUUAUGUGGAUGCCGAUAAAGAAAUUACCUUCGAAUUGGAUGUUCUUUAG